AUGACGAACAUGAUGGUGACGUUCCAGAAAAUGGUGCCAGCGAUGCAAAAGAUGCAAACGAUGUUUUCGUUCUUCGGAUCCCAAUCCGGGACUUCGAAUACGACGCCUCGACUCGAUCCUUCGACGUCGAACCCCGCACCCACAUCUGCAUCUGCAAUCGCCUCUUCAGCUUAG